CCAUCACGACCUACGUUGAAAAAACUAUUUGACGUCAUCGUGGGCGUGUUCCAUCGGGAGAAAUGAACGGUCAUCAACACAAUCCUCUCAGCGCCCAUCAUGUGAUAUUCCUAAACAUCAAUGGAAACUGUUGACUGAAGAGAAAAGGAUAUCCCAGUUCUUUUACUUGGAAAGAGUGUUCAAAGGAAGUGGGUUUUGGAAAUUUCCAUGGAAUACUUAGCCUUUUCCUAUACAGAGAAAUCCUAAUAGGCCUGUUGAUGACCGGCACUCAAGCCAACCCUGAGCUGUGAGUCCGAAGAGGAAAAGCCGGACAGAUGACGAGCAUGACUUUGAGCCAAUUCGCAGAUGCAUGCAUGCGCACAGGGCCCAAGUGAGCGAGCGCCAUACCCCCUGCUUCCCGACUUUGAAGCUGCCUCUCAAAGGGGGUGUGGUGUCGUGGCGUAGCUAGACCCCCGCACCCCCAGAGUUGACCCUGUGGCUGAGCGUCAGCCUGGCGCCCCCUGAUGGAUCAGGCUAGUAGUGAGCAGAAUCCUGAGGAGCCGGAUGCGGGAGGUCGGGUGGAGCAGGAGGUGGCCCGGAGGGCGUCGGAGUCCGAGCACGGCCUGUCCAAAAUCACCCACAAUGCACUGGAGAACAUGGGCGCGCUUGGCCACGGCCUGAAGCAGCUCUUCCAGCCGCAACGCCGCCGCUCGUCCGUCUCCCCGCACGACGCCGCCGCCUCCUCCUCGGGUGGCCCCGCCCCUGAGCCCCCUGACGGUGGGGGGCCAGAGGUUGGGGACGCCCACUCGGUACCCGGUCCGGACUCUGACCCCCACACUACUUCCUCCGCUCCCCCUGCAGCUCUGAGCCGCGUUCUGCAGCAGAUCCGUGGCGCGCCCCCCAUAAUGAAGCGAGGGACUAGUCUGCAGAGCCGCCGCAGCAAGGUGGGGGGGACCGGGGACCCCCCCCAGAAAGGCAGCCCCCAGAUCCACCGGAGGAGUACCCAGGAAGUUAUGCUGCUGCAGGCUGGCCGCCCGCGCUCCUCCUCCACCACGGACACGCCCACCAGCCCCGCCCUGGCCGACAUGCUGCUUACCUCCGGGUACCACUCCACUGAGGAGCCUGAUCGGCUGGAUUGUCUGGAUGGCUCCGGCCCGGCCGUAUCGCCCAACGCCCUCUCCUACGGAGCCGACGGCUACGGGCUGGACUCGGUCGACAGCACCCCCGACCCCCAGCGCACAAAACAGGCCAUCGCCCAUCUGCAGCAGAAGAUCCUCAAGCUCACCGAGCAGGUCAAGAUUGAGCAGACGGCCAGAGACGACAAUGUGGCCGAGUACCUGAAGUUGGCCAACAACGCGGACAAGCAGCAGAGUGCCCGCAUCAAACAGGUGUUUGAGAAGAAGAACCAGAAGUCGGCCCAGACCAUCCAGCAGCUGCAGAGGAAGCUGGAGCACUACCACCGCAAACUGAGAGAGGUGGAGCACAACGGGAUCCCCCGCCAGCCCAAAGACGUGCUCCGGGACAUGCACCAAGGCCUCAAGGGCGUGGGCGCUAAGGUGACCGGUGGCCUCUCCAGCUUCUCCCACGCCACUCACUCGGCGGCUGGGGCCGUGGUGUCCAAGCCUCGAGAGAUCGCCUCCCUCAUCCGCAACAAGUUUGGCAGCGCAGACAACAUCUCUGCCCUGAAGGACUCCCUGGACGAGCCCCAGGAUGAUGGUCACGUUCUGGGGACGGGGGGGUCCAGGACACUGGGGGGGGCCUCUAGCCCCAAGUACGGCAGCGAGGACGACUGCUCCAGUGCCACCUCCGGCUCGGCCGGGGCCAACAGCAUCACAGGGGCCCCCGGGGGCCCGCCCAGCUCUAAGGGCCUGAACACACUGGAGCACGGCCAGAUCUUGGGCUUGGACACGCUGCUCCAUGAGGUCCAGGAGCUCCGGAACAGCCAAGGUCGGCUGGAUGAGUCGUUUGACAGCCUGAAAAGCCAUUACCAGAGAGACUACACCAUGAUCAUGCAGGCCCUGCAGGAGGAGAGAUACAGGUGUGAGCGUUUGGAGGAGCAGCUCAAUGACUUAACAGAGCUGCACCAGAAUGAGAUCCUGAACCUGAAGCAGGAGCUGGCCAGCAUGGAGGAAAAGAUCGCCUAUCAGUCUUACGAGAGAGCUAGAGACAUUCAGGAGGCUCUGGAGGUGUGCCAGACACGUAUCUCCAAGAUGGAGCUGCAGCAGCAACAGCAGCAGGUGGUCCAGCUAGAGGGCCUAGAGAACGCCACGGCCCGGACCCUGCUGGGCAAGCUCAUCAACGUGCUGCUAGCCGUCAUGGCCGUGCUCCUGGUGUUCGUCUCCACCGUGGCCAACUGCGUGGUGCCCCUGAUGAAGACGCGCAGCCGCACCUUCUCCACACUGCUCUUCGUCGUCCUCCUCGCCUUCCUGUGGAGGAACUGGGAGGUCAUCUCGCAGUACCUGGAUCGCUUCCUGCUGUCCCCGAGUUGACCUACGGGGGGGCUCUCUUAAUAAAUGACGAGGGGAGGCGACCUAGGGGUGGGGCUCCCAGAACAAUGAGGGACGGAGAGGCGGGGCCUGGUGUGAGGGGAGGGGACUAACUAACAAACUCGUACACUGCCUCUGAUGUAACUGUGGUGGCGCCAGCACAAAGGGCGGGCUUAGCGGAAAGGAGGAGGAUGUGGAGCAACUGCACACUUUUAUUUCUCUCUCUCUUCAAACAGUGAAAUUGUUUACAUGUGGAAGACGUUUUAUUGCUUUAGAAUUGAUUCAAGUGGUAUUGAAUUUGUUCCUUCAUGUUAUUGCAGUCAUGAAUGGAGAUGCUUGAGGGCUUUCUCUUGUGGCUGGAUACGGAAGGUAAACAGCUGGCAUUUUGAUGAUCCACAUGGCAAGUGUCUUUCCCUUUUUUCGCUCUCCUUUUCUCUAACCCCAAAAUCUCUCCUUUCUCCCUUCCUUUUCUUACUCCCAAUAUGUUCUCUUCCUUUGUUUCUCUUCCUCUGCCCCUCUCUUUGCCCAUUUCACCAAAUCGCUCUUCUUUCUGGGAGGAUUGAUGUGACUAACUACAGUGCACUACUGAGGACAACAUCUAAUUUGUUCAUCACUGGAUCAAGCAAGUAAUGGGUUCUUGACUUGUUUCUAUUGGACGCGACGUUGGGCCUGAUUGGAUCAGGACACUGAGUCGGAAUAUGCUCAGCUUGAAGCCCUGCAAUCUUGGCCCUGCCCCUGCAGAGACUAAACUGAAUGAACAUACUUGAAGAGCUGUGAAACUGCUCAGACUUUCAGUGCUUCCGUACUGUUUAUUAGUGACAAUUAAAUUAACUUUUUAUUUUUUAAAACAAAUAAAAAUGCUGUUUUAAAAAUGAA